UCUGAGCGUUGUUAACACACAGUGUGGAUGUUUUCUGGCGGUUGGAAUGGAAGUGUGUAUCGUAGUGAAGUGUAAAGUUGGUUUGUCUUCUUUAACAUCACUGUGUUUCCUGUUUUCCUGAAGAACACACACAGGCACACACACCUGCACCGGCACCAGGAUGACAGGUCAGGCUGCAGUAGAGCGCUCUGUGUCCUCUCACCGUCUCUCUGUGAGGAGCAAACUGGAGGAUGAACCUGAACGAGCUGAAAGUGCCAUCAGCAGGACUGAUGGAGAUGAUGACACAUGUUCAGAGCUGCAGCGUGUCGCUGCUCUCGAUCUCCCAAGUGCAGAAAUGCUCGAGGCCUUCAGAGGGAGGAGACCGCUGUCCAGGUUGGUGAAUCUGGUGGUGUCUCUGAGAGAAUGGGCUCAUAAGAGUCUGGUCGAGGAGGAACAGCGGCCUGACUCUUUUCUUGAGCGAUUCCGUGGGCCCCAGGCUGCAAACGACCAAUCGGCUGCCCCCGCAGAAGCCCCCAAGAAAACCUUCAAGGAGAGGUGGGAGGGCUUCGUCGUGUCCCAGUCUGAUGAUGUUUAUUAUUAUUGGCUGUUCUUCAUCGCCUUGGCUUCACUCUAUAAUUGGAUCAUGCUGGUUGCCAGAGCAUGUUUUGAUGAACUACAAAUUGAGAACUUCUUCCUGUGGGUGGGGCUUGAUUACGUCUGCGACUUCAUUUACAUACUGGACACCUGCAUGCGAUUGAGGACAGGAUACCUUGAGCAAGGUCUGCUGGUGAAAGACUUGGCCAAGUUGAGAGACAGCUACAUUCACACUCUGCAGUUUAAACUGGACAUUCUGUCCAUCCUGCCCACAGAGCUGCUCUUCUUCAUCACGGGGUACAUACCCCAACUUCGCUUCAACCGCCUGCUCCGCUUCUCGCGCAUGUUUGAGUUCUUCGACCGCACCGAGACGCGCACCAACUACCCCAACGCCUUCCGCAUUUGCAACCUCGUCCUCUACAUCCUGGUCAUCAUCCACUGGAACGCGUGCAUCUAUUACGCCAUUUCCAAGGCCCUGGGGCUCAGCUCGGAUACGUGGGUGUAUUCCGGCGUGAACAAAACACUAGCAUUCUGCUAUGUGUACUGCUUCUACUGGUCCACGCUAACACUAACCACCAUUGGCGAAAUGCCCCCUCCAGUGAAGGAUGAGGAGUAUGUCUUUGUAGUUUUUGACUUCCUGGUAGGCGUGCUGAUCUUCGCCACCAUUGUCGGUAACGUGGGUUCCAUGAUCGCCAACAUGAAUGCUACGAGGGCUGAGUUCCAGGCACGCAUCGAUGCCAUCAAGCACUACAUGCACUUCCGCAAGGUCAACCGCACCCUCGAGACGCGCGUCAUCAAGUGGUUCGACUACCUCUGGACCAACAAGAAAGCCGUGGACGAACAGGAGGUGCUGAAGAACCUUCCGGAUAAGCUGAGGGCCGAAAUCGCUAUCAAUGUCCACCUGGACACACUGAAGAAAGUCCGUCUUUUUCAGGACUGUGAAGCUGGACUACUGGUGGAGCUGGUUCUGAAACUGCGUCCUCAAGUGUACAGUCCUGGGGACUACAUCUGCAGGAAGGGUGAUAUUGGGAAGGAGAUGUACAUCAUCAAGGAGGGGCAGCUAGCUGUGGUGGCAGAUGAUGGUGUCACACAAUUUGCCUUGCUAACCGCCGGCGGUUGUUUUGGCGAAAUUAGCAUCCUAAACAUUCAAGGUAGCAAGAUGGGCAACCGGCGCACGGCUAACAUACGUAGCAUCGGCUACUCUGACCUCUUCUGCCUCUCAAAGGACGACCUAAUGGAGGCUGUGACAGAAUAUCCAGACGCUCAGAAGGUUCUGGAAGAGCGUGGAAGGGAAAUCCUUAGAAAGCAGGGCCUCCUGGAUGAGAGCGUAGCAGCUGGAGGGCUAGGCGUCAUAGACACAGAGGAGAGAGUGGAGCGCUUGGAUGCAUCUCUGGAUAUCCUGCAGACACGCUUCGCUCGCUUAUUAGGAGAAUUCACGAGCACGCAGCGUCGUCUCAAACAACGCAUCACAGCGCUCGAGAGGCAGCUGUGUCACACUGGACUCGGGCUGCUCUCGGACAAUGAAGCGGAAGGAGAACACGUCGGUGUUCCUCCACAUACACAUACACAGGCAGACAUACACACACAACCUGAAACACACACACAGACUUCAGCUGAACCGAACUCUGAAGAGGAAAAGUAAAUCAGAUGUAAAACUGCUUCGAUACAUAUUAGCUCAAUAUUUUACUUUUUACCCUUUGUAUGUACUGUAUGUUUGUAUAUAUGUGUGUCUGACUAAGAAAUUAAUUUUUUUAAAUCAAAUGUGUGUAGCAGCUGAAAUCCUGCGAUAUGUUGAAGCACGUACAUGCUCUGUGCCCGUGUAACAAGUGUAUGGCUGACACCAUACUGGAAGUGUUCUAAGAUGAACUAGCUAGGCUUGUGCCUCAAUCUCAAACCAUUUAUUAGGUGAACAA